AUGGCCACUCGUCUCACCCAGAUCGCCUCGCACAUUGACCCGCGCUCCUGGAGCGGCAAGGGCCUUGCCGCCCACAAGGCCAAGAACGACUCGGACGUCGUCAUUGUCGCCUCUGGCCGCACCGCCUUCUGCAAGGCGCGCAAGGGCAGCCUCAAGGACACCCCCUUUGACGUCCUCUGCACCGAGAUGUUCAAGUCGCUCCUCGCCAAGGCCGACAUCGACCCUUCGCUCAUCCAGGACGUCGUCGUCGGAAACGUCCACAACGACGAGAAUGCCUACGAGAUCCGCGCCGCCGCCCUCGCCGCCGGCAUUCCCAACACCACGCCUGCCAUCGUCGUCAACCGCUUCUGCUCCAGCGGCCUCAUGGCCAUCCGUGCCAUCGCCAACGGCAUCCAGGCCGGCGAGAUCGAGUGCGGCCUCGCCGUCGGCGCAGAGAGCAUGACCAACCACCCCGGACGCCCCUGCAGGGUCUCGGAUGAGCUCGCCCAGGCGUCGCAGGAGGCAAAGGACUGCGAGAUGCCCAUGGGCUGGACCUCGGAGAACGUCGCCGGCGACUUUGGCAUCUCGCGCCAGAAGAUGGAUGAGUUCGCCGCCCGCUCCCACCAGCGCGCCGCCGCCGCCCAGGCCGCCGGCAAGUUUGACGCCGAGAUCCUCCCCAUCAACGUACCCGAAAAGGCAAAGGACGGCUCCAAGUCGUACAAGGUCGUCGCCGCCGACGACGGCAUCCGCGCCACCACCACCGCCGAGGCGCUCGGCAAGAUCAAGCCCGCCUUCCCGCAGUGGGCCCCUGGCAACACGACCGGCGGCAACGCCUCGCAGAUCACCGACGGCGCCGCCGGUGUGCUGCUGAUGCGACGCUCGCUCGCCAACAAGCUCGGAAAGAAGGUGCUGGCCAAGUACGUCUCGUGCGCCGUGACGGGCCUCGAGCCCCGCAUCAUGGGCAUCGGCCCGUCGUCGGCCAUCCCCAAGGUGCUCGAGCAGACCGGCAUCAAGCAGGACGAGGUCGACCUCUUUGAGAUCAACGAGGCCUUUGCGAGCAUGUACGUCUACUGCGUCGAGAAGCUCGGACUGAGCAUCGACAAGGUCAACGUCAACGGCGGUGCGUGCGCCCUGGGCCACCCGCUCGGCGCGACGGGCGCCAGGCUCGUCGUCACCGCGCUGGCCGAGCUCGAACGGAGGAAGCAGCACGUCGCCGUCGUGUCGAUGUGCAUCGGCCUGGGCAUGGGCGCCGCCGGCGUCAUCAUCCGCGAGGACUAG